AUGGUUGUUGCUACUUCCGUCAACGGCGAAGUGACGGCAUUCUUGGUGUGUUUUCUGGUGUUUAUUGGGCUAAGAAUCAGUGUAUGUAAAGCUCAGGCAGCUGCACCGGCGGUUUACAUGUUCGGGGACUCGUUGGUGGACGUCGGAAACAAUAACCACCUGCCACUUUCAAUCGCCAAAGCUGAUUUCCCUCACAACGGCAUUGAUUUUGUCGAUGGAAAACCCACCGGCAGAUUCUCAAACGGAAUGAAUGCUGCUGACUUUCUUGCGAAAAAGAUGGGGUUACCAACAUCGCCACCAUAUUUAUCAUUGAUCGGAGAUGCUACACUUCCGAUAACCGGAGUCAGCUUUGCAUCUGGAGGAUGUGGAGUCCUGAACAGCACCGGCGAAAAAUUUAAACAAUCGAUUUCAUUUGCUCAACAAGUAGAAUACUUCUCAUUGGUCAAUGACCAUCUGGUCAGACGACUCGGACCAUCUGGAGCCCAGGUGCACCUAUCAAAAUCAUUAUUCGCCAUUGUUAUUGGAAGCAACGAUCUUUUUGCCUACUUUAAAACGAGUUCCACAGUCUCUAUCAAGUACACUCCACAACAAUAUUUGGAUCUUAUGGUGUCCACCUUCAAAGGUCUACUAAAGAUGUUAUAUGAAUUGGGUGCACGAAAAGUUUUGGUGACCGGAGUUGGGGCAAUAGGUUGUUCUCCAAUUCAAAGAAAGCAAAACAAAACUGGUGGUUGCAAUGUAGGGCUAAAUUACUGGUCGGUCAAGUACAAUGAUGGGCUGAAAACAAUGUUACAAGAGAUGAAAUCUGAAUUGGGCAUGAACUAUGCUUACUUUGAUAUAUAUAAUGUCAUGGUCAACCUAUUUCAGGAGCCCGAAACUUAUGGGUUUACGGAGAUAAAAAAGGCUUGUUGCGGGUUCGGGAACCUAAAUGCGGAUGUGCCGUGCAUUCCCUUAUCGAGUUAUUGCUUGAACAGAAGAAGCCAUGUGUUUUGGGAUCUUUAUCAUCCUACAGAAGCAGUUUCCAGCAUGUUUACAGACAUUUUGUAUAGUGGAUCGCAACAAUAUAUGAUUCCCAUGAAUGUGGAGCAGCUUCUUGGUGUUUGA